AGUGUUUACUUUGAAACCCAGAACGGAAGUGCUUUUUUAUCCAUCCCGGCUUGAGGUGACGAUCCAGCCCUUGGAGCGCACACAAUCUGAGGAUAUAAUCGCAGGUGGAGGCGGACGGGAAACGAUCUGCUUGCUCCAGGCGACAGAAGCAGGUGUCAAAACGUGGCUGUGCACGCUUUAAUCUCCGGCCCAUGAUACAAACAGUUAUUCUGUAUCGAGGUUGCAGUUUCUUUUUUUUAUGUUCUCAUCUUCCCUCGAUGAUCCACAAUGCGAUCUUCGGCUUGGCUCGUCAUCCGAUGCGCUCUCGUCCUCUGCUCGCUCUGGCUGAUUGGCGGGGCCGAUGGACAGCGGCAGUGUAUUGAGACGGACUACUACUUUGAAUACACAGAAUGUGACAGCACUGGAUCUCGGUGGAGAGUGGCCAUCCCUCAGCAUCCAGGGGUCUGUACUGGACUACCAGAACCAGUUUUUGGCACAGAGUGCACCUUCUCUUGCAAAGCUGGGGAGUUCCUGGAGAUGUCUGCUCAGGAGUGCACCCAGUGCGCAGCAGGCAGCUACUCCCUUGGCAGUGGUAUCCGCUUCGACCAAUGGGAGACCAUGCCUGCUGGAUUCAAUAGCCUGGCAACCUCUCUGGGCAACGGUCCCCACAGAGAAGACACACUCACCUGCAACAGUUCUUCCUGGGUACCUCAGGGAAACUAUCUGGAGUCCAAUCGGGAUGAGUGCACCGUGUCUCUCAUCUAUGCUGUUCAUCUGAAGAAACAGGGAUCUGUCACCUUUGAGUACCAGUAUUCAGACAACAACCUGCUGUUUGAGUUCUUUAUCCAGAAUGACCAGUGUCAGGAGAUGAAUCAGUCUGACGACACAAAGUGGCUGAAACACACCAAUCAUGGCGAAUGGGCAACCCACACGGUCAACUUGAAAUCUGGCACCAACAUUUUAUACUGGAGGACAGGAGGUGUUCUCAUGGGAACCAAAGUUGUGAAGCCUGUGUUGUUGAAAAAUGUUCAAAUUGAAGGAGUUGCCUACACAUCUCAGUGUUUCCCUUGCAAGCCGGGGACAUUCAGUCAAGUCCCAGGCUCUUCCACAUGUGAACCCUGUCCUCGGGACACCUACUCUGGGCAUGGAGCCAGUUCCUGCACUCCCUGCAACACCAACACUCAGUAUGCAGCUGAGGGAUCGGCUGUGUGCAAGGAUAGACCCCCUUGUUCCAAGAAGGACUAUUUCCAGAUCCACACAGCAUGUGACCAUGAAGGCAAGACUCAGGUUAUAUACAAGUGGAUUGAGCCCAAAAUCUGUCUCGAGGAUGUUUCUGGAGCACAGACACUGCCUCCAAGUGGUGAACGUGAGCCCUGCCCCCCCUGUAACCCGGGUUUCUAUAACGAUGACAUGGCCACCUGCUCCCCUUGCCCACCUGGGACGUUCUCUGAUGGAAUGAAACCAUGUCAGCCGUGCCCAGCGGGUACAGAACCCACUUUGGGUUAUGAGUACAAAUGGUGGAAUGUUCUUCCUUCCAACAUGAAGACCUCCUGUUUCAAUGUGGGCAACUCUAAAUGUGACAGUAUGAACGGUUGGGAGGUAGCAGGUGAUCAUAUUCAGAGUGGAGCAGGAAGCUCGGAUAACGAUUACCUCAUCCUUAACAUCCAUGUUCCUGGCUUCAAGCUGCCUACCUCAGUGUCGAGCCAUUCUGUGACAGAAUUUGGUCGCAUCAAGUUUGAAUUUGAAACUUUGUGCACAGGCGAUUGCGAGCUCUACUUCAUGAUGGACGUCAACAGGAAGAGUACUACAGUAGUGGAAUCAUGGGAGAAAACAAAAACAAGACAGACCUACACACACGUCAUGACAAAAAAUGGUUCGGUUUCCUACACGUGGGCUUUUCAGAGGACAAACCAACCUUCAGAUGUACGUCGAUAUGUCAAUGACGUUGCACGAAUCUACUCCAUCACAGUGAGCAAUGCGGUGGAUGGGGUUUCUUCUGGCUGUCUGGUUUGUGCCCUCAGCACCCAGUCCUCCAGUUCUGCCUGUGUGCCAUGUCCACCUGGGCAUUACAUAGACACACUCACCAGCCAGUGCAUAGAAUGUCCAAGCAACACCUACCUCGUUCCUCAUGCCACACCGGGCUCUGAGUCCUGCAAAGCCUGCGGGCCAGCCAGCAGAAGCGACAAGGACCACAAGCUCUGUUACAGCGAUUGUCACUUCACCCACACAGAAGCCAACGUUACUUUGACUUAUGACUUCAGCCUCCUUGGGUCUGUAGGGUCGCUAAUGAAUGGACCCAGCUUUACCUCCAAAGGAACCAAGUAUUUCCACCUUUUCAAUAUCAGUUUGUGUGGAGGACAGGGUCAGUUGGCGGUAUGCACAGACAACGUUACAGACCUGUCAAUCUCUGACUCCCAGAGAGAGAAAGGUGAAGGGCCCAGUGCUGUUAAAACCUUCAUCUGUCAGUCAACAAUAAUCCCAGCUACUGGACGAGGCUUCCACACUGCACUCUCCUCGCAGUCCAUUAACCUGGCUGACACAUUCCUUGGUGCAACAGUAAAUGACAACCUUGAAGGAGUAAGGGCAAAACCAGAUAUGUUUCCCCAGACCAAUAGGAAAGUCCCUGAUGUUAACUUCUUUUACAGAUCCUUGGAAGCAACCUCGUCUUGUCCGUCUGGUCGGAGCUCCGUGGUGACGCUUCGCUGUAACCCAGAUAUGAGCGCUAAAGGAGAGAUCUCAGUUCCCAGUCAGUGCCAUGCGGGAACAUGCGAUGGCUGCACUUUUCAUUUCCUAUGGGAGAGCUCAGGGGCUUGUCCUACAUGCACAGAGAGAGACUUCCAUCAGAUAGAGGGAGUCUGCAAAGGAGGACACCAGGAUGUGGUGUACGUGUGGACCGAACCGAAGUUGUGCAUGGGAGGAGUGACGUUGCCUGAAAAGAAAACAUUGCCAUGUGAGGGUGUGGAGUUCUGGGUUCGACUUGGUGCAGGGAUGGGAGUUUUCACUGCAGUUCUUCUGGUUUCCCUCACCUGCUACUUCUGGAAGAAGAACAAACGAUGUUUGGCAUCAACAUGGUCAUUAUUUCUCCUUUUAUCAUUGGUUACUCUCUCUGUAAGGUUGGAGUACAAGUACUCCCGAUUGGUUAUGUCUGCUAAUAAGGAGUGUGAAAUGCCAGUGGCUGACAGCUGUGCUGUGAUGGAGGGAGAGAAUGAGGGAGACAUGGAGGAUGAAGUGGUGUACACAAAACCUUCUCUAUUUGGCAAACUCAAGGCCAUUGCGUCCAAGGGAAAUGGAGAGAACUACGAAAACGUGCAGCUGAACUCAUCUCAAUCAAAGGCGCUGGUGUGGAGCUAGAACUGUGGAACAGUGAGCUGCAAGGAGGGGCAAUACCAGGCUCCUCAGCACGCUUUUUACUGAGUGACCCCUUUAAGUAACCACCCUCAUUAAGAGCUUUGGUACCUGGAAAACCACCAGUGUGUACGAAAACACACACCCAAACAAAACACACGUCAAGCAUCGAGUACCAGAGUCAGAGGAGUCCUGCUAACAUGGUGGCCUUAAAGUUUGGUAAGACAGAGCCAUAGUCCUGUGAAGCGGGUGUGUGCAUAAUAGACACUUCCUGAUCAUUUUCUGACUUCAAACGAGGUCAGAAAAGGUUGUUAGAAGAGCUCAGGGUAAGACGGGGACCAACUGAGUUCCUGUGUUUUGUUUUGUUUCUAUUUAUUUCACUGUGUACUGUGUGAUAUUUCUUUGACACAAUGGCGUGUCUUGAUAUCAGGAUCAACAAAGUCUGCAUUUCUAUCUCCUGUGGAUACUUCACACAGUUUGGUUUGGUUUGGCUGUGGAAGAACUAUAUCUUGCUUUUUUUUCUUCAUUUUUUGUAAUUCUAUGUUGCACUUAAUGUAGUGAGAAGAACUGCUGAUGGCUUGAAAAAUGAACUCUCCAUAUUAUGCUGUUAUGGUUGUAGUGUUGACUGUCCAUGUGCAUCAAAUAAAUGAUGUAUUUAUGUA